AUGUAUUCUGCUCGGCUGCUCGGAGGGCUCAUGCUCGCCUUUUCACUCGUUAGCAUCAGCACGGCAAGCUCACAAUUGUAUCUUACUUGUGAUGGGGUGACCAUUGGCAAUCAGCCCGCAUUCGCGAGGGCGUGUGUUUCUAAGGAUGGCAAGACUUACAAAUCUGCGGAAUUCUGUACCGCUGAUCAAAACCUUGCGUGUUGUCUCGAGAACCAAGACUUGAAUGCAAAAAACUGCAAGACUCGCCAAUUGCUUACCCCGGGCCCAAUGAAUGAUAGUACCAGCUGUUCCGGACAGAAGUACAAUGGUCUAGAUGCAUCUAACUUGAUGUGUCAAAGCGGCAGCUCCUUCGUGCCGCCUGGUGUGAGGGGGGUUUGUCCACUAGACCGAAAGACUGUCUGCUGUAUCGCUCCUCCCGAGAACAAACCGUUCGACCAAUCCCAAUGCUUCGAAUUGAAAUCCUAG